GAGAUGUCCGGGAGAUACAACCGUGAUGAUGACCACCGACGCGACAGAAGCCAGGGGGACGACUACCAGAGGUAUGGGAACCGUGAUGACGGUUACCAUCGCGAGAGAGGACGAGAGGAACGACGUGAGUACCGUUCCCUGAGCCAAGAAUGGAGCUACGGAGGCAACAAGAGAGACCGAAGGGCCGAAUCCAUGGCGCAAGGCAGCGAACCGAAGAGGAGACCGCCACCUGUCUGCCUCGGCUGCAAAGUGGUAGGACACUACUGUUCUGACUGUUGGCGUUUUUGGACCAACGACGCGACGAGACGCCAGAUGGAGGUCGACGGAUUUCGCUGCCCACAUGAGUUCGCCAGACGAAGAAGUUCAGAAUCACCGAGAAGACCUCGCAGUAAUGAGUACAAGAGGUCGCCAUCUGAAGAGCCGCGCGUAGUAAGUAAACUGGAUGAUUUGGGGAGGAGUGUUGCGAAGAUGCAAAGCUUCAUCGAUAUGGAGGUUGCGAAGCGUGAAGCCAAAGAAGCCAAGAAACGUGAGAGGGAAGCAGAGAAGAAAAGAGAGGAGGAGGAAGCUCUAGCCAUAGCCGAAGCAAGGAAAGCUGAAGAACUACGCAAUCUGAAGAAACAGGAGAAAUUGAGGCGGCGAGAGGAGGAACGUGAAGCGAUUACUAAAGUUGUGGAUGUACAAGUCGCGUUGCGACUUUGUCACAUUCCAGACGUUAUCAAGGCGGAAGUAUGCCAGGCGAUUACCGAGAACUUUGCCGAUCUCAAAGGCAAAGCUAUAGCAUUGGAAGACGUCCCGUCUACAUCAAUGCCCGCAGAGGUUAGGAGCCAAGUGGAGGAGAUCACCGACGAGACUAAACGAGGAGAAGAGACACCUGUCGGGGACAUCCCCCCGCUGACUACGCCAGCCAAACGAGCUUCGCGACGCUCUACGAUUCGACCUCAGAGACUUGAUGAGAGGCUAAAGUCGCGCACCAUCCAGAUGAAAGCCACGAAAUUCCGGAUAGCACAAAAGGCGAUGACUGGGAUCAAGACUGGGAUACAAGACAACACGAUGGAGUGACUGCAGUUCUUGGAGAAAACGAGACGGGGGAUGAUCGACCUGCACCAUGA